UUCGGUGGCUUCACUUCUCGGCCUCUAGCGUCCUAACCUCGCCCAGACCCGCGCGCCUCAAGGCGGGAAUGCGGACCGGAUGUACUAGGAGAGGGAGGAUGGGAAAGGGAUGGGAGACCCACCCCGCCCUGCGGCUUGCGUGUGGAAUCGGGUGGCCUGGACUAGAAGGCUGACUCUCCAGCUGUCGAAAGCCGAAUUACGGAAGGGAGGACUUGGCCUAUCUGUGCCUCCAGCCCCGGGAAGAGGAUGCUACUAGUCUGGCGUCUGCUUUUCCUACGUGUUUCCCAGGGCCUACGGGUCCUUCCUUUCCCUCCUUCCCUUCAUCCACUACCUGGUACCCCUGAAAAAAAAGUCCGGGCUUAAACCUACCCCACUGGUGGAAGAUAAAGGAAGAAAAAAAAUGUCUGAGAGGCAAAUGAAGGAGGCCUUUGUCAGCAACCUCAAUGGAACCAGCCUACUGGAAAUUUCAGCUGGUUUGGCCUUGCCCCCCCUCUGUACUGUGUGCAGAGGUCUGAUACUCAUUCUGUCACAACUCCACUAUGCAGCCCUCUCAGGUAGAUGGGGAGCUCAUCUCCUCACUGACUUUGCUUUACUUGUAGUGCCCUUGGUAGCUUCUUGCACCAUUCUUUCUUCUGUGAUCUUUCUUAUGCCACUUGUCUUAACCAUUUUAGGUACUUGGUUGUUCCGCGAGAUAUAUAGCAAGAGGACCUAUUAUACUGGGGCAUCUGCCCAGAAAAUCAUUGAGGCAUUCCUGAAAAUCAGUGUAGAUUCCAAAAACAUUCCAUCUGUUACUAUGUUCCGUGUUUACAUUAAUUUGGCCACUGCCAUCAACAUCCUGGCUGUGGAUUUUCCACUUUAUCCUAGACGAUAUGCCAAAACAGAGCUCUAUGGAACAGGGCUGAUGGAUUUUGGAGUGGGAGCCUUUGUUUUUGGGAAUGCUAUUGUUUGUCCAGAGGUUAGAGGAAAACCUAGGGCCAGAUGUUACUACCUGGCAAAGCAGUUGUUCUCUGUUUGGCCAUUAGUAGUCCUAGGGCUAGGACGACUGAUUAGCGUAAAGUCCCUAGGCUAUCAUGAACAUUUAUCUGAAUAUGGAGUUCACUGGAACUUUUUUUUUACCUUAGCAGUAGUAAAAGUGGUAGCCUCCUUACUCUUGAUUCUUUUUCCCCUUAAUAAAUCUUGGAUUGUGGCUGUCAUCAUUGCCGUAUUGUACCAAAUAUCUCUUGAUUUUGCACAGCUCAAGGUGAUUAUUUUGCAUGGCAUUGAUCGCAAAAACACAAGAAUCGGUUUUCUAAAUGCAAACCGUGAGGGAAUCAUCUCCACCUUUGGGUAUGUGGCAAUAUAUAUGGCUGGUGUGCAAACUGGAUUAUAUAUGUUAAGGGUAAAACCUCUUCUCAGAGAUUGGAUCAAAGUGGGAUGUCAUCUGUUAUUGACAGCUGCCAUUCUCCUUGUGUUUCUUUAUAUAUGUCAAACAUGUGUAGAUGCAGUUUCUCGAAAAAUGGCUAAUUUAGCCUUUUGCAUUUGGAUAGUUGCUUAUAGCCUAACAUUUCUUAGUUGGCUGAUACUAGGUAAUGUGAUUUUGGUCUUCACAAAAUUCCUGAUUAAAGGAGCUAUUGUGCCAUGUUCUUGGGAUCUCAUCCAGACACUCAACAGAGAUAAAAAGCCUUCAGAGCGUGUGGCCCACCAAAGCAGAAGAGAGCUGCCAAGUCUUUGUUUAAUCGCUGCCAUUGACCGAAACCAACUGCUUUUCUUCUUGCUGACGAACAUUAUGACUGGCUUGGUCAACAUGACUGUUGACACUCUACACAGUAGCUCCUCUUGGACUUUAACUAUACUACACCUGUACAUGAUUAGCAACUGUUUAAUUAUAUAUGUCCUGCAUAUACAGAAUAUUACUGUAAAAUGCUGGUGAUUAUUGAGAUGAAAAUGUGAUAAAUGUUAAGAAUGGAUUUUUGCAAUGCAACGAUUAAUUUCACCUCAAAACUACAAACUGUCACAAAUAUAGACGUGUAACAUUAUGCAUUGAUUCUUAUUUAUUUGAUAUACCUUAACACUGCAUAUGGUACUGGAUGUAAGAUGAAGCAGUGCUUCUGAAAUUCCCCAUAGGUUACUUAAUAAAUGAUGGUAUUCCGGUCAAGGUGUAGAUCCCUUCAUUACAGCUCAAUUUAAAAAAAUCUUAUAAAACAGUUUUUAGUCUAAGUAUAAAAGCAAUCAUUCAAAACCUGCUCAGGUAGUCUAAAGUCCAUAGUACAGAGUGACAUGCAAUGAACUGAUAGCACAAGGCAGUAAUAAGUAAGUUCUCCAAAAAUAGAUGUAACUGGUGUGGUUUACAUACCAAGUAAUUAUGAAGCAUUAGAUGAUGUUUUCCUUUCAAAUAUAACUAAUUAUUGAAAAGGAAACAAGUCUUUAGAUAGCUAAAAUGCAGUCCAGUUUAAUUAAACUGACUUUGGCUUGACACAUCCUCUUUUAAUGAUUUAAUACUACUACCUCCCCACCCUGAAAAUAAAAGCUGGGCUCCUAUGA